CUUAAAUAUGUGGCCGAAAACCCUCUUGGCUGUACCACGACAUAAGGCCACUCAGACUAGGCUCUGUUCGGGUCAGUAAGCUGAAUCGAUAGGUUGAGAUGAUGUAAUGGCAUGAAAGUGCCAGAAGGGCUCACGGUUUUUUCCGCAAGGUCAGAUGCCUAGAGUUGGGUGCACUUCAUAGUUCCGGAAGUCCUUAACUUUGGAGGUGCUAGUUAAAACUUCGUCACAUUCCUGGAGUUUUAGGGUAAAUCUUGGGCGAUUUCAAAGUCCCAAGGCACUGUCGUCAAAAAGCUGUUUUGGUCCAGUUUUCUUGUAUUUAUAUAUUUUACAAAUGGGGAGAAGGCGGAAAUACAAAUCACUUGCCUAAAAUUCAUAACGACUCAUUGGCCAGAAAUGUGUCUUUAGCAUUAGACGUGCGUUUAACUCUUUAUCUGUAUAUUCUUCCUGGAGCUGAGCCAAUUCAGUUUUAGAGUGUUGGCGGCAGAGGUUACCCUAUUAAGACUACCAGGCACUUGGGAGGCAGAGACAGGUGGAUUUCUGAGUUCGAGGCCAGCCUGGUCUAGAGUGAGUUCCAGAACAGCCAAGCCCUGUCUCGAAAAACAAACAACAACAAAAAAAAGACUACCAGAAAGAGUUUUAACAGGGAAGCCUGGCUGGCAUUUCAGAUCUGCUUAGUAAGCCGGUGUAUCACCCACCAUGUUGGCUGCAAGGCUUGUGUGUCUCCGGGCACUACCUUCCAGGGUGUUCCAGCCCACUUUCAUCACCAAGGCCUCUCCACUUGUGAAGAAUUCCAUCACAAAGAACCAAUGGCUCUUAACACCCAGCAGGGAAUAUGCCACCAAGACAAGAAUUAGGACCCACCGUGGGAAAACUGGCCAAGAACUGAAAGAGGCAGCCUUGGAACCAUCAGUGGAAAAAAUCUUUAAAAUUGAUCAAAUGGGAAGGUGGUUUGUUGCUGGAGGAGCAGCAGUUGGUCUUGGAGCGCUGUGCUACUAUGGCUUGGGAAUGUCUAAUGAGAUUGGAGCCAUUGAAAAGGCUGUAAUUUGGCCUCAGUAUGUGAAGGAUAGAAUUCAUUCUACUUACAUGUACUUAGCAGGAAGUAUUGGUUUAACAGCUUUGUCUGCCUUGGCAGUAGCCAGAACACCUGCUCUCAUGAACUUCAUGAUGACAGGCUCUUGGGUGACAAUUGGUGCAACCUUUGCAGCCAUGAUUGGAGCUGGAAUGCUCGUACAAGCAAUAUCAUAUGAGCAGAGCCCAGGCCCAAAGCAUCUGGCUUGGAUGCUGCAUUCAGGUGUGAUGGGUGCAGUUGUGGCUCCUCUGACGAUCAUAGGGGGGCCACUUCUCCUGAGAGCCGCAUGGUACACCGCUGGUAUUGUGGGAGGCCUCUCUACUGUGGCCAUGUGUGCACCUAGUGAGAAGUUUCUGAACAUGGGAGCACCUCUGGGAGUGGGCCUGGGUCUUGUCUUUGUGUCUUCACUGGGAUCUAUGUUUCUUCCCCCUACCUCUGUGGCUGGUGCCACUCUGUACUCAGUGGCAAUAUAUGGUGGAUUAGUUCUUUUCAGCAUGUUCCUUCUGCAUGAUACUCAGAAAGUAAUCAAACGUGCAGAAAUAACACCCAUGUAUGGAGCUCAAAAGUAUGAUCCCAUCAAUUCGAUGUUGACAAUCUACAUGGAUACAUUAAAUAUAUUUAUGAGAGUUGCAGCUAUGCUAGCAACUGGAAGCAACAGAAAGAAAUGAAGUGACCACUUGUGGUGUCUCUGCUUACUGAUGUCUUGCUAGUUUAAUAGGAGCAAAUAGUCAUUGCAGUUUGCACCAUCAGAAUUCCUGAGGUUUAGAAGAUAACCUGUCACUAUGUUUAAAAUGUUCAGUAAUGUGACCCUUCAGGCCUGCCUUUUCUUUUAGAGAAUAAAUGCAAUAGAUGUCUUCCAAAUAAGCACAUACCUUUUCAUCUGUUAUGCUUUCAUACUUUAAAACUACUUUGAUGAAUUUGUGAACAAAGAUUUUUUAGAAGAUUUCAAGUAUUGUUUUAUUGAUUGGAUAAGUAAAAGUUACCUAAUUAGUGUGUCUUCAUAUUGUGGGAGCAUACAGAAUAUUUAAAUGAUGUCAUGAGUGACAAGUUUUCGUAUAGAGGUCAGAAAGGUAAAAAUCAUCUACAGUCAUUUUGAAUGCUUAGGACAGCACUGAUUGUGGUGAGCCAGUGAAAGGUAUCAGAGAUGUGGAACAAGAGACCACUGUACGUGGUAAUGAAGACAUGGGUCUUUCUUCUGUGCUGUUAAUGACCUUGGGGUUGACUACUCAUUGUCAGGACAGUCCAGAGGGUUAACCAUACACAGAAUCCCUGCUGGAAUUAAUGUGUAUGUGAGUUUUACUAUGAAGUCUUUUAGAACAAGCUGGUUGUUAGUGGUGCAUAUACCUUUAGUUCCAGCAUUUGGGAGGCAGAGGCAAGCAGAUCUCUAAAUUCAAGACCAACCAGGUUUGCAAAAUGAGUUCCAGGCCAGACAAGGACCUGUCUCUAAAACAAACAACAAAAAACCUACCAGCUAUACUCAGUAUAAUGUACUCCAAAGCUCAAGAUUCAUUUGCUUUCAAAUGUAUGGUAUAUUUGUAGUUGGACAGGUUUUGUUUUUUGUUUUUGUUUUUUUUUUUGUUUUUUAAUAUUUUCUCGGUAUCUAAUUGAAAGCAUGCUUGCUUUUCUCAUCACAGCUUUGACAGCUGUCAGAAAAGCCUCUUUGUGGCUUAUGCUAAGAUUAGGAUUGGUUUUUCUUCUAAAACUGUUGGCUUCCUACGUUCCCUCUUAGGUUAAGCAUGAACAAACAAAGCAAACUUAGUUGACCUGGGGAAAUAAUUUGAAUGAAAAGUGUAAUGGGGAGGUGCUCAGCUUCCUCGUGACAGAAGACUUUGAUACAGAUCCCUUGUUUGUGGCAAGGGGUUCUUCAUUGAAGGCUGUAUGCGUAAUUUACAGAAUAACUAUUAUUGAGAAGUAUUUAUUACAGUAAUCCAUAAAUAUCUUUUUUUAAUCACUUUAAAGUACACUGUAUGCUUAUUUCUGAAAUAAAAGUUCCAGCCAACUGGU